AUGCAGCCAGGAAUCGGUAUUGGCGUUUUUGUUUAUAAUGCCGAAGGCAAAUUCAUCCUAGGCAAGCGACAGGGGAGUAUUGGCGCAGGAACAUGGGCGCUCCCGGGUGGACACCUUGAAAUUGGCGAGUCAUUUGAAGACUGCGCGGCGCGGGAGGUGCGCGAAGAGACGGGCCUGGAUACCCAGGGCCUGGAGUUCCUGACGGCCACCAACAGCGUCAUGGCGAAGGAAGGCAAACACUACGUCACGAUCUUCAUGGGGGCCUAUCUAUCCGACAAGAGUGCACAACCCCAGCUCCUCGAGCCUGAGAAGUGCGCGGGAUGGGACUGGGUAAGCUGGGACGAUCUCCGCGCAGAUGGCGAGAAGGAGAUAGCAUCUAACGAGCUGGGAUUGGAUGAUCGACGGCUUUUCCAGCCUAUCCUGGAUUUGAUGCGGCAGCGGCCGAAAUUUCAAGCACAUCCAAACAGGUAG